GGCUUCUCUCCUCGCGUUAUCUCCUUUGUCGAUUUAGCCCUAACCUAUACGGCUGCUACAUCCAGAUUUCCUCAUCCUUAUUAGGGAAGAAGAACCAAAACCCUAAUCCUAUCUUCUUCCUCCUCCUCUUAUAAAUCGCUUCAACAACAGUUUCUUCUCUCUUGUCUCUGAUUUUGAUUCAUGAUUUCUCAUCUCGAACCCUAAUUUAUACAUCCAUCCAUCGGGUGUUACUGUUCUUUAUCUGGGCAUUCAGUGGUUAGUCAAAAGUCUAGGUUUUUCAUAUAAAGUUUUGAUUUUGCGUUGAAAUCGAUCGAAACCCAGAUUUCAUAUUUCCUCUCUGUUUUUGCUUUUAUCUUUUAGGUGUUUUUGUUCCUUUUGUUUAUCUGUCGAGAUUUCUAGGUGAAAUCGAAGCUUGUUUGGUUUAUCUCGAUCUUGGUUUUAGCUGAAUCGUGUGUUAAGAUGGCUGGAGGUGGAAACAGGAGAGAUGAAGGAUCGAUCACGAUCCAGAGUACCAAUUUGUUUGCAGCUUUGGAUACUCGUAAGAAGAAGAAGAAGUCAGGGAAGAGCAAAGGGUCUUCUAAGUCACGAGAGCCAGAGAAGGAGCCUGAGCCUCAGGUCUUUUGGGCACCUACUCCGUUGAAAGUUAAGUCUUGGGCUGAUAUUGAUGAUGAUGAUGAUGAUGAUGACUAUUAUGCAACCACUGCUCCUCCUCAGUCUGGUUGGAGCACUUCUGUGCCUUCCCAUUCGGAUUCGAAAGACGUUCAUGUUGAGGAAAGUGAAAGUGAGGAAGAUAUUCUUGAUGAAGGUGAUGAUGAUGUGGAGGAAGAGCAGGAACAGGAAACAGAGGUACAGGUUCAUCCAGAGCCUGAGCCUGAGGUGAAGAAAGCUCCUGAAGUUCCUGGGCCUCCUAAAGAGGCAGAGAGGCAACUUUCCAAGAAAGAGAGGAAAAAGAAGGAACUUGCUGAGCUUGAGGCUUUGUUGGCUGAUUUUGGUGUUGCCCCCAAGGAGAAUAAUGGCCAAGAUGAAUCUCAAGAGGCUAAACAAGAAAAGAAAGAAGAUGUCAAUGGAGAGGGAGAGAAGAAGGAGAAUGCAGCAGGUGGGGAGUCAAAGGCAUCGAAAAAGAAGAAAAAGAAGGAUAAGCAGAAGGAGGUAAAAGAAUCUCAAGAGCAGCAAGCAAACAACAAUGCCGAUGCUGUAGAUGAAGCUGCUGGGUCUGAACCAACUGAGGAAGAAACUCCAAUUGAUGUCAAAGAAAGGCUGAAAAAGCUUGCAUCCAUGAAGAAGAAGAAGUCAGGCAAAGAGGUGGAUGCUGCAGCUAAAGCUGCUGCGGAGGAAGCAGCUGCAAGACGUAAGAAGCUGGCCGCUGCAAAGAAGAAGGAGAAGAACCACUAUAACCAACAGCCUGUGCGGUAAAUCCUGAACCACCACCAUUUUGAUCUUGAUGGAAAUGCAAAUAUGAACAUGUAUUUCGCCGUAUAUUGUUCAUAUGAGUCUCUGUCCUAAUAAAUCUUUUGAAGGGUCUGGUUCUUAGAGUUAAAGACAUUGAAUCCUUUUUCUAGUCGUAUUACAAUGAACAGGCUAAAGACAAAACUUCUCUCUGGAAAUUUUCUUUUCUUUUUGAACACUUUUGUUUUUUAAUAUCAGACCUUUUUAGGUACAUUAUGUCUUCAAUCAUCUUCUUAUGUAUGGUUUGAUGAUGUUAUGUU